AUGUCGAAGGUACGGCUGCCAUCGCAAUCAUGGGACAGCCACAUGCAUGUAUUCGAGCCUCACUCACUUGACCAUGAUAGCGCGCCAUAUUCUCCGAUACCUUCUGACCUCCCUCACGCUCUGGCUUUCGAAGCGUCUCUCGGCCUUCGCAACAUCGUCCUUGUCCAGCCAUCCUGCUACGAAUUCGACAAUACGUACCUGCUGCGGGCAUUGAAGAGACUUGGACCUCAACGUGCUCGUGGAGUUGUAGCAUUCGAUCCACUCACAAUCACCGUCCCAGUCUUGCAGUUAUGGCACCAACUGGGCGUUCGAGGGGUACGAAUCAACCUCAAGUCCGUCAAUGAGACAAUGGACCGUCUGGCCUUUGAGGCCCUUCUCCUGCGCUACGCGAACGCUGUGCGUCCCCUCGGCUGGGUCAUCCAGUUGUACAUACCCAUGGAGCUCGCGACCUGGCUAGAGGACCUAUCCCCAGCUCUCGAUGUCAGACUGUGUCUCGACCACUUUGGCUGUCCCGAUCUAUCCUUCAUGUCAUCUGCCAUAUCCUCGUCACACUCAUCUUCCACGGCGGCGCAAACACCAGUCGACCCCUACGAGAUCCCGGGCUUUCGGUCAGUAGUCAACCUUCUCGCCCAGGGAAAUACCUACAUUAAGUUCUCUGGCGCGUAUCGGCUUUCGAAAGAUUCGCAUAUGCGAGACCUUGCCCCAAUAGCAAAGGAACUGCUUCGAGUUGCUGGGCCGACUCGGAUAGUGUUUGCCACAGAUUGGCCUCAUACUCGAUUCAACGGCUUGGACAUUCGGCCUUUCGUGGAUCAAUGCGUUCAAUGGUGCGACAAUGACCAUGUCCUCAUUGAUCGCAUCUUCCGGGACACGGCAGAGGAGCUGUGGGAUAUCAGAGAACACGGUUCGGACUCACGACACGCGAAUUUGUGA